UCUCUUUCCUUUUUUCCAUUUACCCAAAUUCCCAUUUUUCAAUAAGCAACGACGGCAAGUUUCAGAAUAACCCUAACCCCAAUCUCUACUCCACCGCAGCACCACCAUCAAUGGCGGAAAUCGAUUCAGCUCAGUCCCAAGAAACCGUUUCUCAUGAGACUCAAAACAAACCCCUGAACAUUUCCUUCAGCAUUUGGCCACCGACUCAACGCACUCGUGACGCCGUCAUUAAUCGCCUCAUCGAGUCUCUAUCAACACCUUCCAUACUCUCAAAGCGUUACGGAACUCUCCCUCAGGACGAGGCUUCUGAUGCCGCAAGGCGGAUUGAGGAGGAGGCCUUUGCUGCUGCUGGAUCUACGGCCACCGAUACCGAUGACGGCAUCGAGAUACUUCAGGUUUACUCAAAGGAGAUCAGCAAGCGCAUGAUUGACACUGUUAAGUCCAGAUCUGCUCCUGCUGCUGAUUCGGAGAGUGAGAGCAAACCGUCGGAGUUGCCGGCUGAUGCUUCCGAACCCUCCUCUGCUUCUGGUAUCACUGGGGAAGUCUCAUCCGUUGAAACCGAGCCCUGAAGAGUGCACUGAGGCUAAGCAUCUUCAGAAAAAUUCCAUCCUCAUCAUCAAAUCUUCUGCCUUUCGAGUUGGCUGUAGGAUGCAAAGCGGGUGUAGCCUCUGAUAGUCAAUGUCUUCAAUCAUUGACUCGUAGAUGAAUAGAAUUAACUCUUUAAGAGUUUAUGAAUAUGGAAUAGUUUCAAACUUACAAUCUGUCCAGGAUGAAAAAAAAAACCAGACUUUAUGGCAUGUAUGUAGUACUAUGAUUUCUCCAUGCGGAAUGUUGAAAGGUUCAAUUAAGUUGUUGGCUUGUA